ACCGCGCGAUCUUGAACUAAACUGACAAAAAUUAAAAAUGUCUUCGACGAGUCGAGCAAAGAAGAUCAAUGUUCUUGACAAGAAGAUCCCUGAAAACCCGAAAUACAAACAUGUUAAAGCGACCGUUGACACUGGUUCUAGUGUUACAAAGUAUAUGGAAAGGAUCGAAGACAUGAGAAAAAACUAUAAAUUUCGAAAAGAUGAAAUUUUCAAGCGAAUGAAAGUCUCAACUUUUGCACAACUUGUUUUGCAAGUUGCACAGGUGAUUCAAGUUGAAGAAGACAGAGAAAAUCUAAUUUCUGCUGCAGGUAGUGAAAUGUCAGACACAUCAACCUUAAUUCCAGAUGAGAAAGAAAUGGAGGAGAAUGUUCCGCCAUUGAUAUUAGGUGACGAGAAUGAAAGACCUAAUACAUCUGGUACUGAGACAUCCAGGUCUACUCUUCAUGGCUUAAUUCAUGGUGUCGGUGAAAUAGAUAUGAAGGAUAAAGAGAAGCAAGACAACAACCCUCAAACACCACAAGUACAAACAUCCACAUAUGCUCCUGAUAUAGAAUCCAUGCCUUAUUUACUUCUUGACAUCAGAGAGAAAGAUGCAUUUGACAAGUGUCAUAUUAUUGGAGCAUUAAACUACCCAGCUAGCAUGCUAUCAAGAUCUUAUAACUACUUUACAAAAGAAAUCCUUAUGUUUAAAAAUAAAGUUGGUAAGAUAAUUAUUUUGUACGAUGAAGAUGAACGGUUAACAGGACCUUCUGCCACCACUUUUGUCCAGCGAGAAGUGGACAACUUGUUUGUCCUAUCUGGAGGAUUGAAAGUCUUAGCAAAGAAAUUUGGCGACUGCAUGAUUACAGGAAAGCUACCAGCAUCAUGUAUACCCACCCCUCCCCCCUCAAGAAAGGGAUCAGGAAAACAACGACUCCCACAGCCGUCCACUCCUGGGACCCAACAACAUUAUAACUAUUUUACAUAUGAACAACUUGAAAAAAUCCAAGAAAAACUGGACGACGAACUACUAAGCCAAGACAGCAAGAGUCGAUUGAGUUCCCGUGUGUCAAGCCGGUCAGCAGUAAGCUCAGCAAGCAGUCGGUUGUCUACAGCAUCUUCAGCAUCUUCAAAUAAAAAGUCUGUUUGGAAAUAAACAUCUUCACGUCAAAGGAAAACCAUUAGGAUAAUGGCAAGAGUGUAGCCCGUGAAGACAGUGAUCUAGCAUGUUUGGAUGUAUUUUUUUAAUGUUUUCAAUAUCAUUAUUGACUGUCAAUAUGCAGUUGGAAUUCUCCAAAUGAAUUACAAUAAUAUAAUUAAUGGAGUUAGAAACUUAAAUGUGUGCAAACAUUGGUACUUCUAACUUAAGUUUGAGUCUGGCAGGAUAAAUAAUUGGCUCCCCAUAACACUUUUGGCGGUUUAAACACUUCUUGAAAUCAAACUAUCCUAAUAAAGGAAUUAGAGUGCAAAUAAUAUACCCGUGAAAUAGAUAGCUAGCUAACUAAUUACUAACCUUUGAUUGCCUAAGUCUAAUUAGUUAAAAUAGGCGAGCCGUGAUGGGUAAAAUAGUGCACGUGUGCUGCUCAAGGGCACGCAUUUUCAAAUAUUUUUAAACACACUUACAAAAACUGAAACAAUAUUUUAUUGUACAUGCUUUUCCUUUGUAUAAUUUGACAUGUUUGCAUUUUCGUAUCAUUCAUUUGCGUAAUGAGUUGUUACUCUAGUAAACGCCCGUGCCCUUGUCAUGCCUCACUGAAUUCCUAUGUCUUGUCUAAUUAAGCGCUAACUAUCUCCUAUUUCAUCCUAACUAUUUCACGGGUAUAUUAUUUGCACUACAUUGAUUUCAAUUGCUGCUGAAGCAAACAAACGAAAUUAGCAAAGCGUAUGUCAAAAAUUAUACAUGCAACUAUUGUUCUGCUGUUUGACUCCAGUAAAAUAUUUUACUGUAGUGGAACACAGCAUUAUUCUAGAGCUGUGGUCAAAAAAACUGAUAUUUUGUUUAAUUGAAUCAACUUUGCAAAAACAGGAUAUUAGAGUGACCACAGUAAAUCCAUGAAACACUAAUUACUAAAUAGUACAAAAUAGUGCUAGUUAAACAAUAGAAAACAAUGGAAUUUGCAUGAAAUUGUGCUAUUUAGUAUUACUAAAGUUUCACGGAUUUACUGUGGUCACUCUACUAUAGAUAAUUUGAUAUCUUACACAAGUAUGCAAAUUAUACUUGAUUGACAGUUGGCAAGGGUGUCUGUAGCUUGCUUAAAUGUCAGAUUAUGUUGGCCCAGAAAAUGUCAUAGAUGACUGCACUGUGAAGAUGGGAAUUUUAUUUUUUCAUGUGUUGGGAAGGUAUAUUAUAGUAAGCUAACUAAUAUCCUAGCUUGUAGAGAUAUCUUUCAUUGAAGAGAACUAAUGUAAUGAGAGUAAAAUUAACGUAAAAUGUGAAUGAAAAUGUCUAGAAUGAAUAAUGGCUGUUUUCUUCUGUCAUUCCAAGGUUAUGAACCCACAAACUUGCAAUACAUGCAACAAUAAUAUUCAUCUCACUUAGCAAAUAAACUUCAACAGUUUGUGUAUUUGAGUGGAUGAAAUAAAUACUCUGAAUUAAUUUUCAUUUAUCA